GAAAUACUAGUCGGAGUAGACUCUUCUUACACCUACUGUCGGAACUUCUCUCAGAUUCCUCACCCACAUUCCCUCCCCUCCUCUGCUUCCUCUACUCCUUCCUCGUUUUGACGUCCGUUCUGUCGACACCUCCAACCUCAUCAUGGAGGCCCUCCUACACCAAUCCAAGGGUGUCUGUCCCUUCUUGAAAAAGACCUCGCCUGCCACUUUGCGCUCCCUCUCCACCUCCACUCGCCAAUCUCCUGGUGGCGGCACCAUCACCAACCUGCAGUUCAUUGCGAGACGUUGCCCCGUAAUGAACAAGGCUCUGGCUGUGCAGAGCGCUCGUCUUGGUCAACGCAACUAUGGCAAGGUUGCCGCUGGUACUGGCGUCGUCAAGUCAUUGCUCGAGAAGAAAUUGCACACCUCGGCUGAGAAAAAGGCCAGUGUCGACACCAACACGUUCCGUCCUGCUCAGCAAGCUCCACCUCCUCAAAAGGUGCAGUCCUUCGUCAAGAAGCCCGACACUUACGCUGGUCUGAAGCCCAGUGCCCCCCCGACUCCUCGCUUCGACUAUGACGGUUUCUAUCACAAUGAGCUGGACAAGAAGCACAAGGACAAAUCGUACCGCUACUUCAAUAACAUCAAUCGACUUGCGAAAGAGUUCCCUCGUGCGCAUAUGGCGGUCCCAGAGGAACGCGUCACCGUCUGGUGCUCCAACGACUACCUUGGCAUGGGUCGGAACAAACACGUCUUGAAGACCAUGCACGAGACUCUGGACAUGUAUGGAGCUGGUGCUGGAGGAACUAGAAAUAUCUCCGGCCACAACCAACAUGCGGUGGCUUUGGAAAAGACAUUAGCUGAUCUUCAUGGCAAGGAUGGAGCUCUAGUCUUUUCUUCCUGCUACGUCGCUAAUGAUGCUACAUUGGCCACUCUGGGCAGCAAAUUGCCCGACUGCGUUAUUCUCAGCGACAGCAUGAAUCAUGCCUCCAUGAUCCAAGGCAUUCGUCAUUCAGGCGCAAAGAAGAUGGUCUUCAAGCACAACGACCUGGUCGACCUGGAGACGAAGCUGGCCAGCCUUCCUCCUGAACAACCCAAAAUCAUUGCUUUCGAGUCUGUUUACAGCAUGUGCGGCUCCGUCGCACCCAUUGAAGCCAUCUGCGACUUGGCCGACAAGUACGGCGCCAUCACCUUCUUGGAUGAAGUCCAUGCUGUAGGCAUGUACGGGCCGAGAGGUGCUGGUGUUGCCGAGCACCUGGACUACGACAUCUAUGCCAACCCCAACCGGACCAAGGAUUCUCAGAAGGGCAGUGUCAUGGACAGAAUCGACAUCAUCACUGGCACACUGGGUAAAGCAUAUGGCUGCGUCGGUGGCUACAUCGCUGGCUCGGCAGCUCUUGUCGACACUGUCCGUUCUCUUGCCCCAGGCUUCAUCUUCACCACCAGUCUUCCACCCGCCACAAUGGCUGGUGCUCGUACUGCAAUUGAGUACCAGGCAAGGUAUCAAGGAGACCGACGGCUCCAACAGUUGCACACUCGAGCUUUGAAGGAUGAACUCACUGGACGUGGAAUCCCGGUCAUACCUAACCCUUCUCACAUCGUGCCCGUCCUCGUCGGCGAUGCCGAGACUGCGAAGCAAGCGUCCGACAUGCUUCUGACUGACUAUGGCAUCUACGUCCAGUCAAUCAAUUACCCUACCGUUCCUCGCGGAGAGGAAAGGCUCCGCAUUACACCUACUCCCGGCCACACGGCGGACUUGAAAGCCGAACUGGUCGAUGCUCUUGAAAACGUCUGGCAGCGUCUGAAUAUCAACCGCAUUGCAGACUGGGAAACUCAAGGUGGCUUUGUCGGCGUUGGUGUCAAGGAUGCUGCCCUAGUCGAGCCACUUUGGACUGACGCCCAGCUUGCUCAUGCUGCGGACGUCUCCGAGCCGGCGGCUGUGGAUGAAGCGACCGAAGAGCGCGUCAUGCCCAUUGCGGCUGCUGCGGCUUGAGCUUUCCUUCCUGUAACGAGGUUGAGGAAGUGCUCGCCCUCAUGCAGAAGCAGUUACUGUGCAAUCGAGGACGAUGAGGUCGUCAAAGGGGAAGACCGUGGAAGAAUAGCAAUUCCUUGCCCGAGUGUGGGCAAAUGUCCGGCUUGUCAGCUUCUAUAUCUAAAAUCUUUGCCUUCCUGGUUGGCUCUUAUAUGGGGUUGACUUGGAAGAAGAGAAUAUGAAUCGUCAUCUAUCGUAUAGAUGGCCAUUUACCGUUCUACA